AUGUUCGAAGGACUCAAUGUAAAGGUGGCCGAGAGCGCCGUUGGCCGCUGGUUCAGACUCGAUGGAUCUGGACAUCCCAAACAGAGAGAGGGUAGUCUAUUUACUACUGAGCUGCGAGCGGGUACCACUACGUUCUUUGCCAUGGCGUACAUUAUUGCGGUCAAUGCGUCAAUUCUGUCCGACUCUGGAGGAACUUGUGUUUGCGAAAGUACUCCCGAUGACCCCAUCUGCCUCAAUAAUGAGGCAUAUGCCCUAUGCAAAGAAAUCGUUCGUCGAGAUUUGAUCACUACUUCUGCAGCCGUUGCAGCUCUUGCUUCCGUUCUUAUGGGGUUCUUUGCCAACCUCCCCGUCGCGCUUGCUCCUGGUCUGGGUCUCAACGCCUAUUUUGCCUACUCUGUCGUGGGCUUCAACGGCUCCGGUAAGGUAACUUAUCAGGAAGCUCUUGCUGCGGUAUUCCUUGAGGGAUGGCUCUUUUUCAUUCUCUCUCUGUUCGGCGUCAGGCAAUGGCUCGCUCGUAUCAUUCCCCGCUCUCUAACUCUCGCAACUGGUGCUGGAAUCGGCUUGUUUAUUGCGCUCAUUGGUCUGGGAAGUGCCGGGCUUGGCGUUGUUGGCGGAGAUUACACGAAUCUUGUUGGUCUGGGCGGUUGCACAGCUGAAUGUGAGCAUCAUUUCUUUUUCGAAAUUUCGGCAUUUAGUCCUGCUUCACAUUUUCCCGGGCUCGAUCUUGUUUCAUCCCCCUUCUACUCGCGUGACAUCUUGCCUUCGAAUAUCCUCGAUGGACCUGUAAUGGACCUUCGAAGACGAUGGCAAAGUCUCGCCACUCUUCCUCCUCAUUUCUCUUCCACCAGGUCGUGCAGUCGUUUAUCCGUAUCCCCGUUUGCCCCAUCUGCCCUCACGACGCCUCUCCGAGCAUUUGUUUGCUGUCUGCGCGUAUCACUUCUUCCACAUGGCUCUGCUGCCUGA